UACUCUCUCACACUGACACUCUCACAGGUUGAAGGGAGAGGGGGGAAGCAAAGCAAAGGGUGGGGUGCAGGUCUUCCUCUUUCGCGGAGCCAUGGAAAACGAUGACGACGUUGACAUGCACGCAGCUGACGCCAACGAAGAAUUGGAUGACAUGAAGAAGCGCUUGAAAGAGAUGGAGGAUGAAGCUGCUGCGUUGCGAGAGAUGCAGGCCAAGGUCGAGAAGGAAAUGGGAUCUGUUCAAGAUCCUGCAACUGCUUCCGCAAGUCAGGCCAACAGAGAGGAAAUAGAUGCUCGAUCAGUCUUUGUAGGCAAUGUGGACUAUUCAUGCACUCCUGAAGAAGUGCAACAGCAUUUUCAGUCUUGUGGAACAGUAAACAGAGUCACCAUUCGAACUGAUAAGUUUGGCCAACCCAAGGGUUAUGCUUAUGUUGAGUUCCUUGAGGUGGAGGCUGUUCAGGAGGCCCUUUCCUUGAAUGAAUCUGAACUUCAUGGACGCCAAUUAAAGGUGACAGCUAAAAGGACCAAUAUACCAGGGAUGAAACAGUAUCGUUCUCGCCAGUCGAAUCCUUACGCGGGAGGCUUUCGAGGCAGAACCCCAUAUGCACCUCCCUUUAUCUAUUCUCCAUAUGGAUAUGGAAAGGUCCCAAGGUUCAGAAUGGCAAUGCGCUACAGCCCCUACUAUUAACUGUCCAAUUCGGGUAGGAUGAACUAAACUAAAUGACACCCUUCUACUCCUUUGUAGUUUCAUGGUCAGAGUUUUUGCCAUUGAACAUGGGGGAGGGAAAAUCCAACCAGUUCUGUGUGAGGAUUAAGCGUUUACUUAUCAGCCAACCUUGUAAAAUUCUGGUGUUUGCACUUGCUUUGCUUUGGUAUUGUUAUAUUAUAUUGGAUUACGUUGGUGUAAAAGUUUCCUUCGCAAGUGUGAUUAAUACAUGGGUUUUGGGUUUUAUCCAAUUUUCUCAUUCGUGCUCUUUGUAA